CGGGUAUAUUUACCAGCCCUUGCUUGUGCUACAACCUCUGCAUCAGUAACCUGUUGAUAUAGAGACAUCUCGUUGUCAACUAUUCUACACUAAGAUAAAAAGGACUUUAUACAGCUGUCAACCUACGCCAUCAGUUGCUAUGUCUUCCUACGGCCAAAAAGUGACGAACGAUCCCGAGGCCCAGCGCCGCGUCGGCGAAGCUGCCGGCACCGUCCUUUCGGACUCCUUGGCCGGCGAAUCUGUCCGUUCCGGUGGCGACUUCGGGUCAAACAAUGAGCGUGCCAAUGUCUCAGACCAGAAGUCCUAUGGGACAACCACGAAUACCACCGAUACGUCUAAUGCGCGUCGCCUUGACCCCGCCGUUGACGCCGAAGCUCGCAACGCGCAGGGCGAAUGGAACGAGGCGCGCCAACUGAAUUCCACGAUUGGUCAGGGCAAGGACGGUGGAAGGGGUCCGACAUGGAAUACGAAUACGUCUGGUGGGGAUGACUCGAGCUAUGGGAGUGGAGGACGCGGAGAAGGCUCCAGUGGAUCUGAGCACACGACUGGCACAUCGUCAUACGGCGACCGCGAGGCCACUGAUUCAGGGUACGGGAAGAAUAGUAGCUCGGGGUAUGGAUCGAGUAACGUGGAUGCUGCGCCGGCGUACAUUGAUGCCCAGCGCAAAGAUCAAUUCGAUCCAAAGGAGACGGGGCGGCCAAAGGGACGAAACAUCAGUGAGGGAGGCUUCGACUCUGAUGCGCCGAAUGCGAGCUUCAACACUACUGACAUUGGGGGGAAGAACGACCCUGGACGAAGGGGGAUGCAGGAUGCAUUGAAGAGAGAUGCGGAUAGAGGUGCAGAUGCUGGCUACGAGAGAGAUUACUCGUCUACUCACGGGAAGGGGCAGUAUGGACAGUUGGAUGACGAGAGAGCAUAGAUAGAGACAUACACAGGAAUAUCUAAGGGAUGCUACUAGUCAUGAAAGGACUAUGAACAAAGAGCAUCUACUGUUAUGUGUGUACGAGUAAGUGGUUGGUUCCC